CCUUUUCUGCUAAUUAUUUUGUUUCCCAGUUUUCAAAGUUUUGUCUCUUUUCGUCUUCUUCCCCAUUGACUACGUAGACGCCUUGAUCACUUCCUCUGAUUUAAAAAAAAAAAACAGAAUAAAGAAACUCAAGAGAGCGAAAAUGGAAGAACAGAAGAAGCAACAACAAUACAAGGGACAACAACGAGAUCUGUAUUCUCGUUCUCCACCGCCAUCGUCUCCGUCUCCGUCGAUGUCACCGCUGCAUCACGACGUGUCCUCUCGAUCAUCGGCGCCACCAUUACCGCCACCGUCGCAAUCUCUUCCUGAUUCGCCCACCGUCUCCUCGAUCCCCGACAGCCAUGGAUCCUCACCUCACACGGUCUUCCCCACGCCGCCUCUCGCCGUCGCGACUCCGUCGCAGGUUUCGUCCGUCGCGACGACGAAGGCCGAGACUCCGUUCAGAGUCACCAGCGGGAUAGCUAACGGAGACGCUCAGGAGCAGAAGCUCGGGGAGAGCAGGCGGAGACUGAGGCCGGACUUGUCUUCGCUGCGGGAAUCGAGGAAGGGGGCUUUGGUUCGGAAGGCCUUGCUCGGAUUUAGGGUAUCUGCAUUCGUGUUCUGUCUCGUGUCGUUCUCUAUCAUGGUCGCCGACAGAGAUCAGGGAUGGGCUCGUGAUUCCUUUUACAAAUACAAAGAGUUCAGGUACUGUAUGGCUGCGAAUGUGAUUGGUUUUAUCUAUUCAGGUUUCCAGAUAUGUGACCUAUUGUACCUAUUAUCCACCAACAUUCGUAGAUCGCGGCACAAUCUCCGGCAUUUCUUGGACUUUGCUCUUGAUCAGAUGAUUGCUUAUCUUCUUGCAUCCGCUUCAACUUCGGCUUCUGUCCGAGUGGACGACUGGAUAUCAAACUGGGGAGCAGACAGAUUCCCGAGCUUGGCGAGAGCUGCCUCUUCCCUGUCUUUUCUCUCCUUUGCAUCUUUCGCCCUAAUCUCGUUGGCUUCGGGUUAUGCCCUCUGCACUCUCAGGUCCAUCUAAACAAUAUCCACCAUUCCUCUGUUUCUCAUGACGACAUUGUUACACGCUCUAUGUAGUUGUAAUUAUCUCUUCUCUUCUUGAUCAUUGGAGACAGACAGAACCCUCUUUCUAAGUUGGAGGGUUAGUCAGGCCGUGUGGAAUAUAUUCUCUGUCUGUCUCUCUGUACAUUGGAUUCUUAUUAUAUCACCUUAUCUACACUCGUGACAAAAAGCUAAACGAUGGCAUCUUCGUAUA